AUGUCUUGGGUUGUAUCUCGUUCUCGUUUUAAACGAGAUAUUAACAAAUUACCAAACCAUUUGAAACAACAUUGGAUAAAACAACAAGAAAUAACGGCAUUACCAACAUUCAAAGGAUUUUUCCCACAAAGAUUACCAAAAUCACAACAGAAAACAAGAUUUGAAGCAGGUAUCACAGAAGGGGAUUUAGCAUAUGUGACAGAGGGACCUCAUAAGGGUAAAAUUGUUGAAGUCUUGACUUAUAGUCCUGAAUUUGAUUCUGUUUCAUUGAGUAAUAUAUCGACUAAAAAGUUAUUACCAAAACCAUUCUGGCCAGAAGGUCAUACGUCACAUGUCUUUGAUUUUCCUGAUUAUAUACCAAGAAGUAAAGUAAGAGUAGUGGGAAAACAGAAAGAUGAGGAAACAGGGAAAAUAUCGUAUAUCGUUGCAGAAGGAAUUCAAAUGAAAGAUUCAUAUUAUGAUGACAGAUAUAAGAAACAUAUACCAAGAAGAUUUAUCAAAUACCAUGAUCAAUACGAGUUACCAUGGCCAAACCCACCAAAGAUCAACGAUGGGGUCUUGUCAACUCCUGAAAAUGUUGUACUUGAAAGAACUUUUGAAUUCAAUACCAUUGGAAAAUCAUCAAUACCGAAGCAGUUAGUAAAUCAAUUACGUAAUCCAUAUAGUAAAUUCAAAAAGAGAACAUUGGAUGGUUUACAGGUUGCAAAAUUAAAUGGACCAGAAAUGCCUUUAACAAUUGAACAAAAAAUUUGGCUAGCCAAACAAGCUGAAAGUCCGAAGAAAAAAUUAUAUCCAUUAUCUAAUGAAGUUAAAGAAUUUAUUGGUUCUAAGAUGGCUGAUCAUAUGAAUAAGAUUGAAAGUCCCGAGUUGCGUCAUCAUUUAGAAAUUUUAUCUAAUGUCAAAAUACCCGAUUAUCAAAAAACCUUGAACUUAAUUGAAGAAACAGCUAAAGAGGAAAAAAGCCAAAAUAUAACGAACUAG